AUGUCCACGGGGGAGGGCACCUUCCGGGAGGUCCCUGAAGAGGAACGGCAGCUGCGUGCCCAGCUGGAGCGGCUCACCACCCACGACCACGGGCCUGUCUUUGGGCAGUGCAGCGAGCUGCCCCCGCACACCUUGCAGAAGGCCAAGGACGAGCUGAACGAGAGGGAGGAGACGCGGGAGGAGGCGGUGCAGGCGCUGCAGGAGCUGGUGCUGCAGCAGGCGGCCUCCGGGCAGGCGCUGGCCGUGGCCGUGGCCGAGCAGGUGCGGGGCAGGGACCACGCCUUCUUCCUGCGCUUCAUCCGCGCCAGGAAGUUCGACGUGGGUCGCGCCUACCAGCUGCUCCGAGGCUACGUGCACUUCCGGCUGCAGCACCCCGAGCUCUUCGACAGCCUGUCCCUGCAGGCGCUGCGCUGCACCAUCGAGGCCGGCUACCCCGGCGUCCUCUCCCGCCGGGACCGGCACGGCCGGGCGGUCCUGCUCUUCAACAUCGAGAACUGGGACUGCGAGGAGAUCACCUUCGACGAGAUCCUGCAGGCCUAUUGCUUCCUCCUGGAGAAGCUGCUGGAGAACGAGGAGACGCAGAUCAACGGCUUCUGCAUCGUGGAGAACUUCCGGGGCUUCACGCUGCAGCAGGCGGCGGGGCUGCGGGCCGCCGACCUCAGGAAGAUGGUGGACAUGCUCCAGGACUCCUUCCCAGCCAGGUUCAAGGCCAUCCACUUCAUCCACCAGCCCUGGUACUUCACCACCACCUACAAUGCCGUGAGGCCCUUCCUUAAGAGCAAGCUGCUCCAGAGGGUCUUUGUCCACGGAGAGGAUCUCUCUGGCUUCUUCCAGGAGGUUGACAAGGACAUCCUGCCCGCCGACUUCGGGGGCACGCUGCCCAGGUACGACGGCAAGGUGGUGGCCGAGCAGCUGUUCGGCCCCCGGGCCCACGCCGAGGACACGGCCUUCUGA